GAUCCCGCCAGGUCAAGCGACCGACAAACGCGAGGACCGCUCGCGGCGGCAGAUCCGUUGGUGUACGUACGGCCACAACGGGCCCGAAGCCUCCAGGCGAUUGGGAGCACCUUCCACGACAGCGCCGCCCACCGCGCCCCUACCACUUACGCUUUCGACGAGCAGUGCACUGCGCCGCCACCAACUCGGGCCGCUGCCAUGGCCGCACCCACCUACCCAAGCCGGCCGGGCACGAGGAGGAAGACCCCGCCGUCACUAUCUACCGAUUGGGCUUUGACCGGCGGCAGCGAGGGAGAAAGACGAAGGAAGGAGCUCGGAGAGUGGCGGCUAGGGUUCGCCAACCAAGUCGCCUAACGAGUCUGAAUAUAUAUAAGCACACUUUUCAUGUCAAUAAUUCCAAAAUUGUCGACGGAAGCAACGGGGAUGUUGCAGUGGAUUCCUACCAUCUUUACAAGGAAGAUGUGCGCCUCAUGAAGGAUAUGGGAAUGGAUGCAUACAGGUUCUCCAUAUCAUGGACAAGGAUUCUUCCAGAUGGGACUCUGAGAGGUGGAGUCAACAGAGAAGGCAUUGAGUAUUACAACAACUUGAUUAAUGAGCUAUUAUCAAGAGGGGUGCAGCCAUUUGUGACCCUUUUUCACUGGGAUUCACCCCAGGCAUUAGAAGAUAAAUACGGAGGGUUUCUUAACCCUAAUAUCAUAAACGACUAUAAGGAUUACGCUGAAGUCUGCUUCAGGGAGUUCGGGGACCGAGUGAAGCACUGGAUCACAUUCAAUGAGCCCUGGGCCGUGAGCGUUGCGGGCUAUGCAAUGGGCGUGCUUGCGCCAGGUAGGUGCUCGCCCUGGGAGAUGGGGAAAUGCAGCGCUGGAGAUUCAGCAAGUGAGCCUUACACAGUAUCCCACCAUCAGCUACUCGCCCAUGCGGCGGCCGUCAAAUUAUACAGAAAGAAAUAUAAGGUCGUUCAGAAGGGGAAGAUUGGGAUAACUUUAGUCUCAGCCUGGUUUGUUCCUUUCUCCCGUUCAGCCUCCGACAGUGAUGCAGCAAAGCGUGCUACAGACUUCAUGCUUGGAUGGUUUAUGGACCCCCUAACCAGAGGAGACUACCCAUUGAGCAUGAGAAGAAUUGUCAGAGAUCGCUUGCCGCGGUUCACCAAACAACAAUCUAAAUUGGUCAAGGGUGCAUUCGACUUCAUUGGUAUCAACUACUACACUGCAAACUAUGCUGAUAACCUUCCACCAUCAAAUGGCCUGAAGAGCUACAAUACAGAUGCCCGAGCUAAUCUUACCGGUGUUCGAAAUGGUGCCCCCAUAGGUCCUGAGACUGGUUUACCUUGGCUCUACGUCUACCCUCAAGGGUUACGUCAUCUGUUGCUUUAUGUCAAGGAGAAGUAUGGCAAUCCUACAAUCUACAUCACCGAAAAUGGCCUCGGUGAAACCACCACCAACACGAGCCUACCACUUGCGGAAGCACUGAAGGACGAUGCGAGGAUAGAGUACCACCACAUGCACCUUAUUGCCUUGUUGAGUGCGAUCAGGGACGGGGCAAAUGUGAAGGGGUACUUCGCGUGGUCGCUGCUGGACAACUUUGAGUGGGCGACCGGGUACACGGUGCGCUUUGGGUUACACUUCGUGGACUACGGUGAUGGGCGAAAGCGGUACCCCAAGCGCUCCGCCGGCUGGUUCAAGAGGUUCCUGAAGGGAUGAGCUCAUAAAAUUAUUUACUACUCCUAAAGCUAAAGCAGCAACAAGUAAUAUGAAUCGGAGAGAGUAGCAACCAGCCAGAAGAAUGGAGUAGGUCGUUUAUCUGUGUUUCGUUCUGUAAACUGUACCCCAAGGAUUACUUCACUGAAAUCCAGUUCUUUCUAUACAUAAUUGGAAAAAUUAGUGGCUAUCUGCAAACGUUCUGUAUCAGUUUUUUUUUUCGAGUGAUGUGGUACCGAUAUGG